AUGUUAUAUCUUUUAAGAAGCAAGAUGGCGCUGCCACCACGACCUAUACUGUUUGAAUUCCGUGGGGUUUCCAUGACCAAAUACUUCACAGAAAACUGGGACAACAUACAGAACUUCAAAGCUAGACCAGAUGAUAUCCUCAUUGCAACGUAUCCAAAAGCAGGAAACACAUGGGUGUCUUACAUCCUGGACCUGCUGUAUUUCAGCCACAUGUUACCCAAAAGAAAGGACUCUGUACCACUCCAUGAAAGAGUUCCUUUUUUGGAGAUGUAUAUUCCUGGGUUUCCUUCAGGAGUAAAUGAACUGAAUCAAUUAACCACCUCUCCUCGCAUCAUAAAGACACACCUACCGGUCCAUUUUCUUCCCAAAUCUUUCUGGGACCAGAACUCCAAGAUAAUCUAUGUGGCUCGCAAUGCCAAGGACACCGCGGUGUCUUAUUUCCACUUUGAUCGCAUGAACAGGGCCCAGCCAGAACCUGGCGACUGGAGCAGUUACCUCCAGAGAUUCAUGGAGGGAAAAAUGGUGUUUGGUUCCUGGCAUGAUCACGUAAAAGGCUGGUGGGAGAAGAAACAGACCAGGUCUAACAUCCUGUAUUUGUUCUAUGAGGAUCUGAUUGAGGAUACUGAAAAAGAACUUAAUCGGCUCUGCUCCUUCCUGGACCUGGCUCCAACCACGGAGCUCAAGAACCAAGUAAGAGAAAAAGUUCUAUUUGACAACAUGAGAAAGGACAAGAUGGCAAAUGGAUCAGCUGAUGAAGUCUUCGACUUCAAGAUAUCUCCUUUCAUGCGCAAAGGAAAAGUUGGAGACUGGAAAAACCAUUUCACUGUUCAGCAGGAUGAACAGUUCAAUGAGCAUUACGACAGAGAGAUGAGAGACAGUGACCUUCAAUUUCGCACAGUUCUGUAG